GUGGGAUGGAUUUAACAGCUGCAGACAAAACCACAGCAUCUUUUUUUCCUCCUUUUUUUAAGUUUAAUGAUCUUUCAGGGGGCCGAACAAGAAGCUUUGGGGGGCCGGAUAUGGCCCACGGGCGGCCAGUUGAUAAUCAUUGAUGUAGAACAAGUACUGCACACAAACUCGUAUUUUUAACUCACAGAAGUCAAGAGUAGUUUACUUGUUAUUUUUGAGGCAACAAGUUUCCAUAUUUUUUUAAGUAGGCUCAGCUAAUCUUGGUUUUACAGCGCAGGGUUUCAAGCCCUGGUGAGGCUGUGAAUUAAAACGGGCCAGAUGUUGACUGAAACGAGUCAGACUUCGUUCCUCUGUGUUCUAUCUCAGGUCAAAGGUGAGAAGACGUCACAUUGCCACGCUUUUUAACCAAUCCUCAACGGGUGACGUCGGCGUCCUGAACUGAACCGGACUCAAACAGAGCGAGUAAACAGAGAGUGAGUCUUUGAACCGCAUGAAUAUCAGAGAGUCAGGCAGAACAAUCCGGACUUCAGGACCAGCUGAUGGAUCUGAGUCUGCUCCUCGCGCUGUCGCUGUGCUGUGGGACAGCUGCAGCCAGGUCCUACACGAGCGAUAAACCUUCAAUGAUCUUCAGCAGCUUUGAGAUCAAAGAUGGAGAGUCGGUGAGGAUCAUGUGUACGCAGCCCGUCAACUGGAGCGGAGGAGAAUGUCGCCUGUACAGGAAGAACUCUCAUCACCCAUUCAGGGUGGCGAAAGCGUCGGACUUCGUGUGCGUCUUCAACUUGUCUUCCCAGGAGCUGCUGGGAGGCCGGCCGGUCGGUAGCAAGGUCCUCUUCACUUGUGACUACCAGGUGCAGCAGUUCACCUCAGUGAGGACCGACAUCGGCGGGGUCACCGUGUGGGGUACCAGCCCUAGUCCUCGUCUGUCUGUCAGCCGUAGCUUCGUCACACCUGAUGAAAGUGUGGAGGUCACCUGCUCUCCGCCGCUCCACUCCGUCUCCCGCUGUCACUUCUACAGAGAUCAGGACCACAUCGCUCAGGGCCCCUGCAGCAGAAACCUGACUGGACAGCAGCUUGUUGUCUGGGAGAAGCCCGCCCUGCUGCUUCCUGUCAACCUCACCUGCAGAUACUAUCCACACAACCACCUGCGUAUCCGCUCCGAGGCCAGCAACCUCAAGCAGCUGUUUGUGAUCGACGUGGAUCAAGUUUCCACAUCCAUGGACUGCACAGUGACGUUGGCAGAUGAUCAGCUGGAGACUUUUGGAGAAAACAGGUGGACGUCUGCAGGAGCAGACGGACAGACGGUCACUCUUCAAGUGACCCACGGGAACCUGAUGAUCAACCAGACCUGCGUCCAAAAUCAAGAAGCAAGGUUUGGUGAGACGAUGCCAAACCAACAUGUUGUAUGAGUUGAGAAUAAAGCAGAAAUUUCCC